AUGUUUUCAGUGAGUAGAAGAAGAGCUGCUGCUGCUGCUGCUGCCAUCGCCACGGCCACAGGAUCCGUGUACUGGGCGACCACCCAAGGGGAUAGGCGCUUGGUGCGCAAUGACGCAAGCUACAUGGUGCCUUUCCCCACUGCUGCUCCACCGCAGGUCUCUAGACGAGACCUGCUGGACCGUCUGGCCAAGACGCACCAAUUCGAUGUGCUGAUCAUCGGCGGCGGGGCCACCGGGACAGGGUGUGCCCUGGACGCUGCCACCAGGGGGCUCAACGUGGCGCUGGUUGAAAAGGGCGAUUUUGCCUCUGGAACGUCGUCCAAAUCCACCAAGAUGAUCCAUGGUGGGGUGCGGUACUUGGAAAAGGCGUUCUGGGAAUUCUCCAAGGCCCAGCUGGACCUGGUCAUCGAGGCGCUCAACGAGCGCAAGCAUCUUAUCAAUACGGCUCCUCACCUGUGCACGGUCCUACCGAUUCUGAUCCCCAUCUACAACACGUGGCAGGUCCCAUACAUCUACAUGGGCUGCAAAUUCUAUGACUUCUUCGCCGGGUCCCAGAACUUGAAGAAAUCAUACCUGUUGUCCAAAUCGGCCACCGUCGAGAAGGCCCCCAUGCUUACCACGGACAAUUUGAAGGCCUCGCUUGUGUACCACGACGGGUCCUUCAACGACUCGCGUUUGAAUGCCACGUUGGCCAUCACCGCUGUGGAGAACGGCGCUACCGUAUUGAACUAUGUAGAGGUGCAAAGACUGAUCAAGGACCCUGCUUCUGGUAAGGUGGUCGGCGCCGAGGCCCGUGACGUCGAGACCAACGAACUCGUCAAAAUCAACGCCAAGUGUGUCGUCAACGCCACGGGCCCUUACAGUGACGCCAUUUUGCAAAUGGACCGCAACCCGUCCGGUCAGCCGAACUCGCCCUUGAACGAUAACUCCCUGAUCAAGUCCACUUUCAACCAAAUCGCCGUCACGGACCCUAAAAUGGUCAUCCCAUCCAUUGGCGUGCACAUCGUCCUACCUUCUUUCUACUGCCCGAAGGACAUGGGUCUGCUGGACGUCAGAACCUCCGAUGGCAGAGUGAUGUUCUUUUUGCCCUGGCAGGGCAAAGUCCUUGCCGGCACCACAGACAUCCCCUUGAAGCAAGUCCCCGAAAAUCCCAUGCCCACAGAGGCUGAUAUCCAGGAUAUCUUGAAAGAAUUGCAACACUACAUCGAAUUCCCCGUGAAAAGAGAAGACGUUUUGAGUGCCUGGGCCGGUGUGAGACCCCUGGUCAGAGACCCUCGUACAAUCCCCGCGGAUGGGAAAAAGGGCUCUGCCACCCAGGGCGUGGUGAGAUCCCAUUUCUUGUUUACAUCCGAUAAUGGCCUAAUCACCAUUGCCGGUGGUAAAUGGACCACUUAUAGACAGAUGGCCGAAGAAACAGUCGACAAAGUCGUCGAAGUCGGCAGAUUCCAUAACUUGAAACCUUGCCACACAAGAGACAUCAAACUGGCCGGUGCUGAAGAAUGGACCCAAAACUACGUGGCCCUAUUGGCCCAAAACUACCACUUGUCAUCCAAGAUGUCCAACUACCUGGUCCAAAAUUAUGGAACCCGUUCCUCCAUUAUAUGUGAGUUUUUCAAAGAAUCGAUGGAGAAUAAACUGCCCCUGUCCCUGGCCGACAAGGAAAACAACGUCAUCUAUUCCAGCGAGGAAAACAAUCUGGUCAAUUUUGACACUUUCAGAUAUCCGUUCACCAUUGGUGAGUUGAAAUACUCGAUGCAAUACGAAUAUUGUAGGACUCCCUUGGAUUUCCUUCUAAGAAGAACAAGAUUCGCUUUCUUGGACGCUAAGGAGGCCUUGAAUUCGGCCCAUGCCACAGUCAAGGUUAUGGGCGAUGAGUUUAAUUGGUCGGAGAAGAAGAGGCAAUGGGAACUUGAAAAAACUAUAAACUUCAUCAAGACAUUUGGUGUCUAG